GAUCGGGUUAAAUGAGGUCUACCUCCCACAUCAUAUAUCAUAAAGAUAUCAAAGGGGUUCCGCACGUGCUUGCGAUUCAGUGAAUCUGAAUCAUUCUAAAGAGUCAUUUGAAAACGAACGAUUCAUCCUCGAUUUAUUUCUUCUCCUUUACUACUUACCGGAACAUUUACUAAAUAAAGAUGGCCGAGAGCUCUCAUUUCACCGAGGCGGAAUAUUAUCAGAAGAGUUUUGACUCGAGAGCCAAUUUAUUCUCUCGAGAGAAUUUUUAUUCUCGUCCAGAAGGACACUCAGACGAGAACAAUUAUGUUUCUUUUAUUUUAGGUUGCUUAAGCAGGAUUUUUUCGACUGGCGAGUAUAAAGGACGUAAGCUGAUCGAAGUGGGAAGCGGACCGGCCAUUCACACCGUCAUCAGCGCGUGCCAGCACUACCACGAGCUCGUGCUGUCGGAUUUUGUAGACGGGAAUCGAGAAGAAAUCAAGAAAUGGAUAAACAACGAGGAAGGGUGCUUUGACUGGAAGCCCAUCAUUGAAUAUGUGUGUGAACUGGAUGGGAAAAGCUCAUCUGAUGUGGAAGUGAAACUGAGACAGAGGAUAAAACAAGUGCUGAAAUGUAAUGUCCUCCUAGAAAACCCUUUCCAUCCGGAGAGCAUGGAGCCUGCAGAUUGUGUUAUAACGUCUCUCUGUCUUGAGGUGGCGUGUAAAGACAUGCAAUUGUACACAGAUGCGCUCUGUGGAGUUACAAAGCUGCUUCGUCCAGGUGGAGUUCUGGUGAUGGUUGGGGUUUUAGGAGAGACCUUUUACUGUGUUGAUGAAAUCCGCUUUUCCUGCCUCCGGCUGAGCAAAGAAAAUAUCAAAGAUGUUGUCAGCAAGCUAGGCUUCACUGUGCAGGAAUUCAACAUUUUUUCAGCACAAGAUCAGGAGACGAAGAAAGUUUCUGAUUCUGAAGCUUUCUUCGUUCUUGUUGCUUUGAAGACAAAAGGCUAACUGGUGAUAUGCUAUAUUGAAAGUAGAUUGCAAAUCCCAAAAGUGCAUUAAAAGUAAUGAUACUUAAUGAUGUUAUGGUGUUUCACAUGCAGGUUUUGUUGAAAUUGCUGCUUAGUGAUUACUUGUGCAAGCAAACAUUUUAACUUGUAGCUUUGUUGACAAUGACUGAAAAAAGAUAUCAUCAGUUAAUUCAUUCAUUUUUAGUAACCACUUUAUCCUUGUCAGGGUUGUGACAGAUCCAGGGCAUGAGGUGUGAACACACAAUGCCAACACAGGGCACUUUAUGCACACAUGCCAAAAAGCCAAGCUUAGAUUGAAUAUAUCAGAUGCUUAAAAUCUAUCAAUACAUAGACUAUGAAACCUGACAAUGAGGUUUGAACAACAUUUUAUAUCAAAGGGUCUCAAUGAUGGUAUAAUAAGAAUGAUGUGGGACAAACUAUUACACACACACACACACACAUUUAAAGACAGACAUACAUUAUGUUGCCAAACGUUUUGGUAUAUCUGCCUUUACAUGCACAUGAAUAUAAUAUAGAGUUGGCCUGUCCUUUGCCGCUAUAACAGCUUCAACUCUUCUGGGAAGGCUUUCCACAAGAUUUAGGAGUGUGUUUUUGGGAAUUUUUGACCAUUCCUCUAGAAGUGCAUUUGUGAGUUGAUGUUGGAUAAGAAGGUCUGGCUCACAGUCUCUGCUCUAAUUCAUUCCAAAGAUGUUCUAUCAGGUUGAGGUCAGGACUCUGUGCAGGCCAGUCAAGUUCCUCCACACCAAACUCACUCAUCCAUGUCUUUAUGGACCUUGCUUUGUGCACUGGUGUACAGUCAUGCUGGAACAGGAAGGGGUCGUCCCCAAACUGUUCCCACAAAGUUGGGAGCAUGAAAUUGUCCAAAAUGUCUUGGUAUGCUGAAGCAUUAAGAGUUCCUUUCACUGGAACUAAUGGGCCAAGCCCAACCCCUGAAAAACAACAUCUGAGUUCAAUGAUUUGGAGGGGUGUCCCAAAACGUUUUUUUGGUAAUAUAAUGAAGCUGCAUUCAUGAUUUCUAAUGCCUUGAUACUGUAUGGAGCUGCACUGGCUUCAUCCUAAAAUUCAACUGAAUACCGAACACGUUAAAUAGUAAGUCAGUGACAAAAAAACAAAAGCAAACUACAGAUCUGUCAUCUGUCCUUUUUGAACUUUGUACUUUGACUGAGCAGUGUGUGUUUAUUCUGUUUAACUUUAACUUUAUACUCCAAUGGCAAAAACGGAUGAAAGAGAAAAUAAACCUUGUUCACAUUCAUUACCCUGGUGGACUGCCUUUGCAUGUGCUUUGGAGGAGCAUUUGGAGUCAGGCAUGCUGAAAAAUAUCUCCCCAAAUGCAGGUGUAAUAUAAUCACAUGACAGAACUGUCACAUGACUAGUAUGCAUGAAUCUCCAGUCUGGGCUACACCGAAAUCAGCACCAGCCUCACAUCAACAUCCUAUUCUUUUGUACACUGUCUUGUGCUUUCUAUUAAGAUGUUUCUUUCACUUUUUGUGCACAGAACCAUUAGGUCUCUGUUUUAAAAAGAAAAAACACUUUAGAUGAUUUUGGGAACACAGCAUUGUUUUCCGCACGCGCCGCUAUUAAAUAAUCGGUGAUGAAAGUCAACAAACGCGACGCACCUACGCACACCACGCCCCGUCGACGUAUUUACGUAACGGACGUAAUCGAUUACUUUGACGCGUCGUUUCAUCCCCGGCACUGUCCGGUCACUGUACAUCAUAAAGAUAUCAAAGGGGAAACACUUGGGUAUCGCACGUGCUUGCGGAUCGGUCAAUCUGAACCAACGAUUUAUUUCUUCUCCUUUAUUACUAGUUACCGGCACUUUUACUAAAUAAAGAUGGUGGAGAGCUGUCUUUUCACCGAGGCGGAACAUUAAGCCUACAUGAAUGAUUUUUAUUCUUGUCCAGAAGGACACUCAGAUGAGAAGGACUAUCUUACUUUUGUUUUAGGAUGCUUAAGCAAGACUUUUUCGACUGGCGAGUAUAAAGGACGUAAGCUGAUCGAAGUGGGAAGCGGACCGACCGUUCACACCGUCAUCAGCGCGUGCCAGCAUUACGACGAGCUCGUGCUGUCGGAUUUUGUAGACGGGAAUCGAGAAGAAAUGGAUAAACAACGAG